CUACCCUGACUCAAAACACCAAGAUCCCCAAAAUCUACGAAUCCCUAAUUUUCUUCUUCUCUCUCCCUCGCCGUGAACAGGACGGUUUCACGUGAUACAACCAGCUGCUUGCACCAAGCCAGUAAACUUGAAGCAAUUGGUUCUGAGAUGUGAAAGCAAUUAAUGGAAAAUAGCAGAUAUUGAGGAGAGAGGGAAGAGAAAAAUGCAGAGAGAAGCUCUGAAGAUGGCGGUUACCUUCUCAGAUCUGCACACAGAAUCCGGCCUCAAGGCCCUCGACGCCUUCCUCUCCGGCAAGUCAUACAUCUCCGGGAGUCAGUUGACGAAAGAUGAUGAUGAUCUUGAUCUCUUUGGCGAUGAGACAGAGGAAAGGAAGGCUGCAGAAGCGAGGGAAGCAGCCAAGGCACCUGCUAAGAAUAAAGAAAGUGGGAAGUCAUCUGUUCUCAUGGAUAAUAAGCCCUGAGAUGAUGAGACAGACAUGAAGAAGCUUGAAGAAUAUGUUCGAAGUAUUAAGAUGCCAGGACUCUUCUGGGGAGCAUCCAAAUUGGUCCCAAUUGGUUA